AUGAACCCAUACGGCUAUGCGUAUGGCCAGAGCGAGCCCUACUUCCCGCAACAAUAUGAUACGCAGCCUCGUCAUGCAUAUUCGUUUCCUGGAAGUUCAGGCCCCGAUAACGUCGGCAUUGGACCGCAGCAUACCCAGAAAGAUUAUACACAAAGUGGUUUUAAUGGUGGCCACAGUCUCAUACCAGGUCUUGGGAUGAGUUUACCAAAUGGCGCCUCUGAAGUACAUGGUGGACCUCUGACCAGCUCUUAUGUCCAGCCCACGGGGCCAGGCCCGAUGACUGCGAGUGUGCAUCUCUCUAAUAAACAGGACGCCUCUCUUGAUACUUGGGAAGCAAGGCAAUCUGCAGCUCAGAAUGAGCUAACAAUGGAGGCAAUGGAGGAGGGUGAGGUAAGCGAAGGGGAGCUUGAAGAUAUAUACGACCCGGAGGCGCUCGAUGAGAGUACACAUGAAGCCCCAAAGUCUUCCAACCCAACACCCCAUACCGUAGAGACGAGACAGCAAGGUUUACUUGAGGACGGUGAAGGUGUGCUCUCCAGCCGUUCACGCCCUGACACACAAGCGUUGGUGACUGAGUUUGAUACAGCAUUAGAGCGCUCUGGCUCAUACUCUCCUUACUUGUCCCCACGAGAGAUCACUUCCACACGACCAGCUAGUCCCCAGGCAAACGAAGCCGAUCUCAAAACUCCCACCGCAUCAUUCUCCUCCGACUCAGAAGCUGCCCCCAACCUGGCCGAAACUUCCUGGGAAGAGGCGCGAAAACACGCUCAGGACACAAUCUUGCGUCUUUGGCCGCUUAAAAUCCGAUAUCAAGAUUAUCUCAACGAAGGGCUGGACGAAGCAACGCUGCGCAGCUUAUUCACCGAACUUGGCCUUGAUAUGACACUAUCGCCGGAAAAAGAGUCAAAUGCUGCGAAUGUUCAAGCCAUGGAUACCGAUCUUCCCACGGCCACUGCCCUUGAAGAUUCAAGCCCAGCGCAACCUCCGAAUCGUGAGACAUCAAAAGCUCCAAUGGCUAACCCUCCCAAGGAACUCAAACGGAGCCGUGGCGAAGAGCGCAAGGACAGGAUCGCACGGCUUCUGGCCGCAAAACAGGCCAGUGGCCCCCAGCCUGUCGAAAAGCCCAGUGCCACGCCCACUGCAAAACCGGCUGAGAAGCCUUCUUCAUCUGUAACGCCGGCUAAAACGCCGGCUCAAAUAGCUGAGAAGUCUAAACUGGUGCAGCAAAAGAUGGAAGCCUUACGAAAGGCUCGGGAGGCACAAGCCCAAGCCCAAGCUGCUAGCCGCCAGCAGGUUGCGGAGGCCACUCAGCCGAACCUCACACAGAACUCAUCUGCCACGCAGCCACCUCCGGCAGAAAUCGUCGCGUCAAACCAUCACCAAUUACAGGACGGCAACACUAAUACGCCCUCUUCGAUACCCGGCCUCUUCCUUCCUGCCGGUCAAACCGCUACCUCCAGCUCGCAGCAAAAACGUCCAAUGGCAUCAGAACUAAAUGAUCUUUCUGACCCCACGUCCAAACGACCGUUUGGUCAACCCCGGCAAUCGCAGCGAUUCCUGAUAGAUGUUAGCGACGACGAGGAUGAUGCUGCUAUGGAAAUCGACUCACCCGAACUCGAGGCAUCAUCCGUUCAUCGCUCCAACUCACCUUUCAAGGUUCCCUCAUUUCCAAUGCUUCCAAGCAGUUCCACACCUCUGGAGAAUUUAAGUCCAGUCUUGACACAAACUCCACCCAGAAAUACACGAUCGGCUAUGGGCGGCGGUAACCUGGAGUCGAUGAACAAGGAAAUUGAGCUCAUGAAGCGACGAAUUGCCGAAGCUGAAGCACGGCGGCGGGCAAAACUUUCAAGGACCGGAUCGGCGCAUGGUCAGAACGGCCAUGAUGACAUGAAUACUGAAUCUAGUGAGCCUGCGUCUAAGUCAGGCCCCGUCUCGUCUGUAGAUGGAAGUGACCUCGCAAGGGAAGAGUCUCCCCCAGCUGGACCGUUGGACUUUGUUUCCCAGAGGUUGCCGAAAGUCUCGGAUUCAAAUCAAACUGAACGGCGCAUCGCCCUCCGCCAGCGAUCUCGUGUGGCUAGCGAGCGGUUGCCUCUUGUUGAAGCUCAUCGCCAGGAACAGCUUAGAAAGCUCGAGGCUCUACGUUCCCAGAUGGAAGAUAUCCAGAAAGAUAUUGAGGCAAGCUUAAAAGAGGAAAAACAACUGCGCGAUGAGGUGACAUUCUGCAACACAGAGGUCCAAAAUGAUGACAACAAAGACACCCUGAUUCCUGUGUCAGCAGUGAAAGAACCGGUUGUCGUUAAGGCGUUGAAUACACCUCCCCGUGAUUCAGCAUCAGGCACUCAGCAUGAAAGCCAAGCAGUGGUUGUGGAAACGGAAGAGCACAUCCCUGCAGACGCUAUGCAAGGUGGCACUCCUGACGAUUUUGUUGAUCACGCAUCACUUGAUGAUGAGAACAAUACUGAAAUGCCUGACGUUGAGAGUCAAGAAGAUACGGACGAUAACUCUGAUGAUCGAAUGGACGAAGAGACCACUUCUAGCGAAGCUGAGUACCAGCCUGAGGUACAAAGUCAAGGAUUGGAGGCAGAUACCUCAACAGAGCAGGAAGCUCAGAUCAAUGGACAAACCCACAGUCCAGAUGCUCGUGAACCAGAGGAGUUGGAACUGCAAACCUUGAUGCAAGAGUCUGAUAAAUCACCUUCUUUCAGCCCUGAGCCUGCCGAAAACUCCUCCCAUGAGACGAGUGAUAACGAACAACAGGCCGUUUUGCCUGCCCCUCUCACAAAGUCGAUCUCGACAGGGCAGGUAGAAUCAACUACGGCAUCUCCAAGAGAAGAAAAUCAUCAAGAAAAACUUGAUUCAAGACCCGGUUCUAGCUUUGUCCCCUACGAUUCAUCGCUGAGACCUUUCCGUGCGUAUCGGUUUCAUCCUCAAUUCAACAACUCAGUCCCAGGCGGUUUCCGUUCCUUGACGUAUAGCAAUAAUAUUGAUGCCAAUUUGGAAGUAUGCCCAGACCAGCUGGCUGGCCAAGCUUGUUCCAGAGGCGACAUGUGUCCAUAUCAACACUUUGAAGCUAUGCAGCUUGCUGAUGAUCAAAUUCUCCUACAGCUGGGAUCUCACAGUAGUUAUGAAGGGGAGCAAAAGGCCCAGUUCAUUAAUGGACUUCGUCGGCUGCUCACUGACUACCGCGAACGCAAGAUUAAGGAUUUCCAGACGAUCAGCAACGGCAUUGUCGACUACAGAGCCAACUUUUCUGGCGAUAAGAGCAAGAUCCUCCCCCUAGGAAAUGUCAGCCUCUAA